AACGGGUUCGUCCACUUUUCGCGGCUUUGUUUUGUUUUGGUAAACCAGACAGAUUUUGACUAUUUAAAAAAAAAAACCACUACUUUAUUACCGCAAAACUGAUAUCAGUAGAUUAUAUUAAUCACUUCAAAAAGCUUUAGAGCAAUCUCCAUGCCAAGAAAUUAGUUAACAUUCGAUCUGUUUGUGGGAGAAUUUCCUAGGCCCAGACUGAGCCAGGAGGCUCAGCUGGCUGCAGGGUUCUGCGACGACGGCCACCGCUUAUGUUGUGGCUCUCGUGUACUUCAUUCAAGUUCUUAGAUCGAAGCCUCCAUUUUCGCCUUGCCUGAUUUUUGCAGCAGAUAUAAUACUAUAGAUUCGUAGUGUGAUCAACAUAAUAAUACAAUUAUCAUCAGAUCCAAAUAAGUAAAACUAAAAUGGAUGUUGGAGGUCGGGUAAAGGGUGUUACUAUAGUGAAACCAAUUGUGUAUGGAAAUGUUGCUCGGUAUUUUGGUAAGAAGAGGGAUGAAGAUGGCCACACCCACUCUUGGACUGUCUACAUUAAACCUGUCAAGAAUGAAGAUAUGUCCACCUACAUCAAAAAGAUCCAGUUUAAGCUACAUGAAAGCUAUGCAAGUCCUAUCAGAGUUGUAACUAAACCACCGUAUGAAAUAACAGAGACAGGUUGGGGAGAAUUUGAGAUUGGAAUCAAGAUCUUCUUUAUCGAUCAGAACGAGAGACCUGUGACCUUGUAUCAUUUUUUGAAAUUAUUUCAGACUCCCGAUCCUAGUGUAAUUGCCGGAGGAAAUACUGUUGUCUCAGAACAUUACGAUGAAAUUAUUUUCCAAGACCCAACAGCAAUGAUUCAACAGUUACUGACUAGUUCACGUGCACUCACCUUGGGGGCACACAAACAUGAGACAGACUUUACAGAACUGGAGGCUAAGACUUUGAACACAUUGCAGUCUGCACGAAAGAAAAUCCGGUCGGAUAUCUCAGAACUGAAUGAACAACUGAAGAAGAGUAAAGAAGCCAUCAACAGAUUCAAAGAUGAGAUAAAAAAACUUGAGGACCAAGAACAAGCAAAAGAAAAGAAUGGCUGAAAUAGUUGGAAAAUAAUUUUAAAAAUUACAUUCUUACUGAAGUUGAGAUAUGACUCCACCAAGUGAAAUUCUUAAGCUUUUGUCCAUGCAUUGUUUUCAGAUGCUUGAAAACCAAAAUAAAAAUGUGAAAUUUAAGCUGGCAUUGAGUUGGCAAGUGUGUAACAAAAACCAGACUAUUUUACAAUUUGGAGAUGAGGAAUAAAAUGCGCUAUAAAAAAAAUACUAGUGAAACACGCAAACUAUUAACUCCAGCGAUAACUGUCCAUUCAGUGGUUAAAGCAAAAGUGGAUAAAUCAACUGUAAGUUGUGUUUUAAAUGUACAUAGUCUAUGUAUCACUCUGAAGGUACUGUAGAUGGGCAAACAAAAUUCGGAUGUCAAAAUACGAGGACAUUAUGAGUACACUACAGGGAAUAAAAGCUGAAGGAGUCAUUAUUUCUUGAAAAAAUUGUGUGAUGCCUGCAGGGCUGAAGACAAUUUCUGAUAGCAAUUUAUUUCAGCAUUGCCUUAUUUUUUCAAUUGUUUUAUAAGUCAAUCACCUUGUUAUCUCAUAACCAUUAUGCCUUUCUAGGCCAUGCGUAGGACAAUCUAGGCUUCAUAUAUCAGUUACAGCUGUAUGGACAACAGUAGCUAUGGUGGAAUAAACAUGUAAUCCAUAA